AUGACUUAUCCAUGGAGCACUUCUUAUAAAAGAAUAGAAGCUCAGUACUGCCUUGCAGACGUAGCGCUGGAGACCAAGAAACACGUUAACAAGAAAACUUUGGAUGAGAUAGAUCCUUAUGGGAACGCUUUGGAAUUGAUACAGCAUGAAACAACACAUUUUCGAACUCUGAAAUAUCUAACCUGGGGCAUAUGUGUGCCUGCUCGUUGUGAACUGAGAUCUGUGGAAAGAUUAUUGGGAACAGUAUUGACGCGCAGCUACCUUGGCACAAAUGGACUGCGUCCACGUAUUCAAGUUCAGGAGACUUGCCAGAGACCUGAUGACUCAAAGCAAUUCGAUGUCUUAUUUUACUCAUUCGUGUAA